ACCAAACCGAAAACAAGUACUAGCACUUGAAUUGUGUUUUUCCAACUUCUGUUCAAAUCAAAGGUAAACACGCGAAAACAUUUUGUUUCAUGUUUGCAUAUUUGUAGUGCCAAAAAUGCUGUAUUUUGUCGUGUGGGCACUCUUGUCUGAAGCAAACAAGCCGGCAUUUUGCUCAACCAGCGAGCAUGCUAAACGCCAUAUUAGCGGCGGUAAUUCUCUACUGUCUUCUGUGCCUGUUAGCCAAAUACUGUAUUUUCAUGUUUCUUGUGUGUGAUAUUUUUUUCGAGCAUCGGAGAAGCCCAGUCUUUCUGCUAGAUAAUACGUGUUUAUAGUGCCAACUCAUUCUUCGCAGUGCAAUACUACAAGGACACAAACGUUUUCAGCUAGUUCAAACACUAUUGAAAUUGGUUAAGAAAUAAAGGAAAUACAGCUCAUUUAACUUAAGAAAAUCGGCCAAACACAUGUUACAGAAGCUUUUACUUCAGGAACCAAAGAUGUAAGUUUCCUUAUUUCUGAGUUCUGCCAUUAUUUUGACUUGAAAGACAAAUUAUGAUGUAUAGUUUGUGUUGUAUUGUUCGAUACGGUUAUGAAAUAUGAGUACAAUUGACAUUUUUUCCCCAAAUAUGACAGCCUCAAAGUACUGUACAUAGCAAGUUCCUUUGAGAAUGACAUGAAAUUACAUGAAACUUCAUCAAAUAAGGAUUAAUAACGGUCUUUAAAUACCUUAUUUUGAGGGCCGGAAGAUUUAAAUGGUAAUAAUAUUGUGUGAAACUAAUAGAGAUGCACGAUAAUUAUCGGUCCGAUAAUAGGAAUUAUGACGUCAUCCCAAUAACUCCAAUAACAAUGGGCCUAUUAAUAAUAUUUUUGGCACAGUGUUGGAUUGGGAUGUGAGCGUUUGUUUCCACUCCUGUUUUGCCAGUAUGCAGUUUUGUUACUGUUCUAGAGGCCGUAUUUUUCCUUCCCUGAGUUUUAAACCUUACUAUGACAAUUAGAGAUGCACGAUAAUAUCGGUCACCGAUAAUUAUCGGCCGAUAAUGGCAAUUAUGACGUCACACAGAUAAUCCAGAUAAAACCAAAUUCAACCGAUAAUGCAAUCCGAUAAUUAUAUACUUUGAAAUAUUUUAAUUGAGUCUAACAUAAGCUCUUUUGAGUUAAAUGUAAUUCCUACUUUGGCCUGCGGAUGGCGCAUGUUGCGUUCUGACGGCGAAGAGUGGAGGCGCCACAGAGGAAGAAAUUACUUUUCCUUUGCUGUGGAGUAAAAACAGCUUGUAGCUCAACUCAUGUCCUCUACUCUGUCAUCACAGGUUGGUUAAAACUCUGCAUCCAUCUGUUUAGCAUAUAUUAUUAAUGUUAGAAAGGGUUUGGGAUAAUAAUAUACGGUGUGAAAAGCAAAAAAAACGAUGUUUGUUGAGCGUUUUGGAGUCAAACGUGAUGGUGUUGUAUGCUAACCUGCGGAGCUAACGGCCUAGCGUAGGAAGAUGAUGAUGUAGCAUACCCUAGCGGAAACCAGUCGGUACAUGUUAAAAAUGGUUGUUACAUACAGAUGUAUUAAGAAUAUCCAUUCUCCAAUGUAUAAAUAUGCUUCAUAUGUUGAAUUUAAAAGCAAGGUACACAUUUUAUUGUGUAUUUAUAUAUUUAAAAAAUGUGUAUGCUAAUGGUUGAAAUUUUUAAUGGCCAUUUGGACUUUUUGGACUUUUGGAGGCCAUUUCUUUUGUUAACUUCUGUUGUGUACAUAUAUGUUUGUAAAAGAAAUUACUUUUCCUUUGCUGUGGAGUAAAAACAGCUUGUAGCUCAACUCAUGUCCUCUACUCUGUCAUCACAGUCACACUACAAGUCCAAUUGGUUCACCUAAUGUGCCCCUCUGAACCCCAGAGGAGCAACAAUUUGAUUUAGCCUCCAAAUGUGCGCAAUCAACAGUUUUGUCCAAUUCUGCUAGUUUUAAGUAGAUGUUUUUGCAGUGUAGUAAUGUGAUAUAUGUUAGGGAUGGCUUAGUUUUAAGGCAUUUUUGUGCAACUUGGGUGUUUACUCUCGAAGUAAUUGUUGCCAAAAGCUUACCAUUACACAAUGUCAUUGCCAUUGUUUAGAUGUUGGAAUUUACUACUUGUUCACAUUUGAUGUGGAAAAAAAUAGCACUAAAUUACAUUUUUGCACAGUAACAUUUGAUCUGUGUAUACUUUAAAAUUUUACUUAUAUAUUUGAAUAAAAUUAUCGGCGUGACAUUAUCGGUUAUCGGGUGGAAGGGGCAGGAAAUUAUCGGUUAUCGAUAUCGGUUGAAAAAUGUAUUAUCGUGCAUCACUAAUGACAAUUAGCAAAUGUUUGCAUUUUACAGUGUCACGUUUACAAAUUCUUGAGGGGCUUUUUCGUUAUUGAUAGUCUUGCUGUUCUAUAAUUGCCAAGUUAAGAAAGUUGUUUCAUUGACCAAGACGACAAAAGUCUACUCUCCUGUAGCACCAAAUGUUUUUGUCUGAUGACAAGGCACAAUACCUGUUGGGUUGAUGUUUUAGUUCAGUGCUCAUUGUUCAGGGAAACACAUCGUCAAUGAUAUUGACUGAUUGAUUGUGAUUCACUCAAAUUAUAUUUAUUUGAAAAAAUUAAUAUGGGCACUUUUUUUUUUUUUUUAAUCAAAACAGUUCUUGUCUUUGUUUUGUUCAUUAUAAUAAUGCUCAUGUCAUCAUGAAAAUUCUGGUUUGGUCAAAUGCAAAUCUACGCUGAAUCAACCACUAGUGUUUUUGACCUACAGGUGUUCAAAAACUCAGGUGAAUAUACAUUGAAAAAUUAUGAAAUAUUAUCGGUUAUCGUAUCGGUAUCGGCGUCGAGGAGCAGGAAGUUAUCGAUAUCGGUUUCAAAAAAUUGAUAUCGUGCACCCCUAGAAACUAAGCUCAUGUUGUUUCCCAAAGAACCAAUCAGAAAUGCAUCUUUUCUAUAGGAUACGGUUGCCGCCCAGCUCGUGUUGAUGACCACAAUUUUUAUUUUGUUUCUAAAUGUACUUUGUCAUGACUAUUCUACUGACAUUUUAAUGUAUUUAUGUUUUGCUAAACCAUGGGUCCCCAAAACUACUAUUAGGCCCGCGGGCUGGAUACGGCCCCCUGAACAAUACCAGAGACCAUUUUGAUUUUUUUGUUUUGUUUUUCUCAAUAGUGUCAUUUAUUUCCUGGCUUUUUUCUGUGAAGAACCCAGAGAGGGUUAUUAUUAGGGCUGUCAAAAUUACCGCGUUAACGGGCGGUAAUUAAUUUUUUAAAUUAAUCACAUUAAAAUAUUUGACGCAUUUAACGCACAUGCCCUGCUCAAACAGAUUAAAAUGAAAGCACAGUGUCAUUUCCACUUGUUACUUGUUUUUUGGUGUUUUGUUGACCUCUGCUGGCGCUUGGGUGCAACUAAGUUUAUGGGUUUCAGCACCAUGAGCAUUGUGUAAUUAUUGACAUCAACAAUGGCAAGCUACUAGUUUAUUUUUUGAUUGAAAAUUUUACAAACUUUAUUAACAGGGUACCCGCGGGUUAUUAAAAGUAUUAUAAAAGCAUUGAAUUUAGUUUUCCAUUAUUAAAGGUAUUAAAAGUAUUAAAUUAGCUGUGGUAAGUCUGGAAUUUUUUCACCGUGGUCUUAAUUUUCAAGAACAUCUCAGUGCAACCUAAUUAUAUCUGUGACAAAGUUUUUUUUUUUUUUUUUUUUUUUUUUAAAUCCUUAACGAAGAUGACGCAUAGAAUUUCUACGAUGCACUGCACUACAAAUCGAAAUGCCACUCGAGCGUGCCAUACCACCACAGCCGGCAAAACGGAGAAUCCAUCCACCUCUGCAUCGGGAAUGCGUCCGUUUGUCGGUGGAAGGAAAACCCUGCAGGCAGAAGUAUUGUAGAUUCUGAACACCAAAACAGACCACCAUUCAUAUACUUCAAAUGAGUCCAUUGGUGAUCUGUUUCGGAUAAUAUUUCAUUUUUGGUCGGCAUCGGCUGUCACAAUGUUGGUCAUAUUGCGUUUUGCGUUCCCGAUGUCUUAACUGUCUUUUGUAACAAAUGUUCAGUUGGCAGAAAAAAACCCGCACAUUUUCUUAAUGUUUAAACAGUCUACAUAUUUUAUGACCAUGCAUUUACACAUUGAAAUAACGCUGGAAAAGUUUGUUAAACAUAAUGUUGCUCAAAUCGUGUUUUUUUCCAGAGGGAGCAUUCCCGACAUAGUAACUGCAGCCAAUUUAAGCUCAUCAAGACUUUAAGAUAGAGGUAAAAUCAGGCCUAAAAAGUCCAGCCCGACCCGAACUGGUCCGCAGGUAUUAAAGCCCGACCCGCGUUUUGUGUGAUAACAUUUGUGACGAUGUCUGCAUAAAAGCCUGCCUUAUAUAACGAAUUCUCAGUUGGCAGAAAAAAAACGCACAUUUUCUUAAUGUUUAAAUAGACAAUACAUUUUUAUGAUCAUUAUAAAUUUAUUUACACAAAGAAAUAACGCUGGAAAAGUUUGUUAAAUAUAAAUAAACAGAUGCGGUUUUGCGGACUCGCAGAGGGGAAGAUUGAAAAGGGCGUAUACAGUGCCUUCUUUUUUUUUUUUAAUCCAAAUGAUUUAUUUUAUAACAAGUAUUCAUUAGUUUAUCAUUCAUUGCAGUUUAUGGAUCAUGCGAAGGCAGUGGACCUGCUUAAACAUUUCGGUUUGCCUUUUGAAUGAAUGUGAAUUUCGCCGUUUUAACUCGAGAGUUAGCCAUGUUCACUGGGGUCUUGGCAGGUGCACUAGUGGCUAGCCUGUUACAGAAGAUGGCUGGUCUGAGUCCUGUCCUCCUCCUCUUUUUGUCCAUAAUUAUUGUGUGCGUGUGUGUGUUUAAAAAAAAUUCUGACAGAAUUUAUAAUGUUACUUUAAAUGUGUUUUAAUUGUAUCUUCAAUAUAUGUGCAUUCUUUUGUCAAACACACUUAGUAAUUGAGGUUAAAUUUGAUGUUCAGUGCUUUAUUUAUUUAGUAUGAUUCAAUAUGAUUUAAAUAAUGGGUGCGAGAGAAGUAUUAAUUUUCAGUUGAAAUGGCAUUAAAAAAGGUCUUAAAAGUCUUGAAUUUAGAUUUAUCGAUCCUGGGGGGACCCUGAUUAAAACAAAAACAUCAAGAGGGGUUUUAAUAUCAAAUUUCUAUAACUUGUACUAACAUUUAUCUUUUAAGAACAAGUCUUUCUAUCCAUGGAUCGCUUUAUCAUAAUGUUAAUACCAUCUUGUUGAUUUAUUGUUAUAAUAAACAAAUACAGUACUUAUGUACAGUAUGUUGAAUGUAUAUAUCCGUCUUGUCUUAUCAAAGGCUGUUCGGUCCCUGUACGACCGGUGUCAGAGUUUGGUCCGCAUUGCCGGCAGUAAGUCGAAUUCGUUCCCAGUGAGGGUUGGACUCCGCCAAGGCUGCCCUUUGUCACCGAUUUUGUUCAUAAUUUUUAUGGACAGAAUUUCUAGGCGCAGCCGAAGCGUUGAGGGGGUCCGGUUUGGUGACCUCAGUAUUGAAUCUCUGCUUUUUGCAGAUGAUUUAGUGCUGUUGGCUUCAUCAAGUCGUGACCUCCAACUCUCACUGGAGCGGUUCGCAGCUGAGUGUGAAGCGGUUGGGAUGAAGAUCAGCACCUCCAAAUCCGAGACCAUGGUCCUCAGUCGGAAAAGGGUGGAGUGCCCUCUCUGGGUCGGGGAUGAGAUCCUGCCCCAAGUGGAGGAGUUCAAGUAUCUUGGGGUCUUGUUCACGAGUGACGGUAGGAGGGAGCGGGAGAUCGACAGGCGAAUCGGUGCGGCGUCUGCAGUAAUGCGGACUCUGCACCGGUCCGUAGUGGUGAAGAAGGAGCUGAGACGAAAGGCAAGCUCUCGAUUUACCAGUCGAUCUACGUUCCUACCCUCACCUAUGGUCACGAGCUUUGGGUCGUGACUGAAAGAACAAGAUCCCGGAUACAAGCGGCCGAAAUGAGUUUCCUCCGCAGGGUGUCCGGGCUCUCCCUUAGAGAUAGGGUGAGAAGCUCGGUCAUCCGGGAGGGACUCGGCGUCGAGCCGCUACUCCUCCGCGUUGAGAGGAGCCAGCUGAGGUGGCUCGGGCAUCUGGUUCGGAUGCCUCCCGGACGCCUCCCUGGAGAGGUGUUCCGGGCAUGUCCCACCGGCGGGAGGCCCCGGGGACGACCCAGGACACGCUGGAGAGACUAUGUCUCCCGGCUGGCCUGGGAACGCCUUGGGAUCCCGCCGGAGGAGCUGGUUGAAGUGGCUGGGGAGCGGGAAGUCUGGGCUUCCCUGUUAAAGCUGCUGCCCCCGCGACCCGACCCCGGAACAAGCGGAAGAUAAUGGAUGGAUGGAUGGACGUCUUGUCUUAUCUUUCCAUUCCAAUAAUUUACAGAAAAAUAUGGCAUAUUUUAUAGAUGGUUUGAAUUGCGAUUAAUUACGAUUAUUUUUAAGCUGUGAUCAACUCGAUUAAAAAAUUUAAUCGUUUGACAGCCCUAGUUAUUAUCUAUUUAAUUAAUAGUGUUAUAUGAUAUUAUUUUUAUUUGGUUGACUUUUUGUUCCGUGAAGAAUCCAGAAAGGGUUAUUUGAUUGUGGCUUUCUGAAAAACACUAAAUUUUUACAUUUAGGCACUCCUGCAACCGUCACACUUUUCUGUUACAAACUGACCUCGGCCCCUCAUCAGAGAAGGGAAAAGUUAUGUGGCCUUCACAGGAACAAGUUUGGGGACCCCUGUGCUAAACCCUACGGAGGAGUUUAAGAUUUCUCACGAUGCAUCCCAAAAAGUGAAAAGAUGUGAUUUUUUGGUUGUUGCUGGAUACACAAUGAAAUCCCAAUAAAUCAUGUUAGGAUUUGUGUGUACUUUACACAAGUGAUGCUAUAUGUAUGAAAUUUUGUUUUUGCAAGAAACAAGCAGGAAGUGCCACCCACAAGCGUGCGACAUUACCUGGAAAAAGAAGCAGAGUGGAAAGGCGUUCUCACCGGCGAGCAGCGGUCCAGUUUGUUUCAAGAGCAUCGUUUUGGUUUUUUAACUUUUUCCAGCUUUGCGUUGACAUCGAAGCAUUGUACCUGUUCCCCUGCUCCAGCUAACCAGUGCGUGGGUUGCUGUAAGCCUGUUCCUGAUUUGCCCACGGGCAACCAUGUUCCACAACCCAUACGACCUGUUUGCGGCUCUAAGAAGGCAGACGUCGAGAGACCCCCGUAGCUUGUUCUCUGGCGAAAGACUUCCGGAUGGCAACGCGAUUCCCACGUUGGUACCCAGUUACUGUCCAAGAGUCAACACUGGUGUAGACAUUUAUGCUUCAGAACUAAACAAUCGAGGGCAAGACUUCCUCUCCUCGGUUGCGACACCGAGGUCUUCCCAAAACAUCAACUGACGCUCUGACGUAGCCGAUAGCUCCGCCAGUCACUUAUCCAACUAUGGCCGAACUUCCGCUGCCGCCGCCUCCUCAAGCUGUUAUCAACCGUCUUCAUCAGGAGGACGUUCUUUGCUCGCUGUGCCCAUUGAGGAGGGUCGCGACAUCUGCUCCAGUCCAAGCCUACGUUACGGCAAGCCUGACAUGGACCGAGCUGAGGCCUCACAACCCAAAUAUACGCCUGAGUCAGCCGUCGACGUCCUUGUGCAAUUUGGACUUGAAAAGGAAGACUUAGAACAUCUCAUCUCCUACCCUGAAGACCAGAUCACCCCAGAGACCUUGCCCUUCAUCUUGCGGCAAAUCCGCAUUCAGAAGGCUAAAAAGGCCUCUGACGCCAAUCGCUCCAAACCCUCACGUGAACCGGCCCCUGACCAAAGCCAUGCUAGCGGAGACAGUUGGAGAGGUCCUGGACUGGCACAAAAGGACACCCCGUCUCCUCUUGUCCAAACAAGUAAAGUCAUCGACUAUGGACAUAUGAGCAAAUAUGCUGGCAAUAUGGAGGAGGAGGUUCAGGGCAGGGCAAAAAGAGCUGAGGGUGACAAUUUGCUGACAAUGGACAAUUUGGACAGAAGUAGUUGCGGUCAAGACCAGGUGCAGCAGGUGGGAAGAAGCUCUAGCCUGGCAACUUCUUCCCUGGAUCGACAGAUGAGUCCCAGCUCUUACUUUAGCUCUCUCCUGAUGCCUACCCCUCUUGAGGGUCGCGAUCUGGGUAAACCAGCGCUGGCUAUUGCACAGUCCAUUUUCCCUCAUUUCUCUUUACCGAAACAGGACACGGAUCUUCGAGGCAUCAAAUCUCAAGCCCCGAAAUCCAGUGAUUUUGAACAAGUACAGGCUGUACUUAAGCCCAUUUUAAAGCCACAACCACAACAACAGAUUCUACAUCGCAUCCAUCCAAGCAGACCUGAUGUUGUGGUCCUCGGAGGAGAUAUCGGCGGCAGUGACCGGUUCCAAAAUAUAGCUCCAGCGGGUGGUGAGAAGUCCAAGAAGCAGCAGGUGCCUUCACUGGGGCAGAAUAUCAAGGAAGAGCAGUCACAAAAGAAGCAGUCCUCACAGAAACCACCAGAGACGCAGGAGACCACCAAGGCCAAGCAGCAGCCGUCGAGCAAGCCGCAGCAGCCGUCGAGCAAGCCGCAGCCGCCGAGCAAGUCGCAGCCGCCGAGCAAGCCGCAGGCCUUGUUGCCGACCCCGGUGUUUGCGCCGAUGACAAGGCCGCCGGCCUUUUUGCCGACCUCGGUGUUUGCGCCGAUGGCAAGGCCGCAGUUUCACCCCGUACCGAGAACUUUACCUUUCCCCAGCCUCCUAAACUUGACACCACGUCCUUUGUGCAUCCCGGGUCCAAGUUAUGGCGUCCCGCAUCCCCAAAACCCGGCGCACAUGGAGGUCGGCACGAGUUUGCCGAAGGCAAACCUGAUGCGGGACUAUGCGGCAGCCACGCCGAGGGUCUUUCCACACUUGUGUUCUCUGUGUAACAAAGAGUGUGUCCAUUUAAAGGACUGGCUCACUCAUCAGAACACCAACUUUCACCUUGAGAACUGCAAAGUCCUCCGAAAGCGAUAUCCAGAGUGGAAUGGGGAGGUGGUGAAUUCCUGCGAGGAUACGCCAAACAUUGCGGCGCCCACACCAGAGUCCAAAAGUAAGAAACCUGAUCGUGGAUCCCACUCAUCUUCCCGCUCUGUCAGUCCCCGGCGACAACGCAGCUCAGAACCUCAACAAGAGAAGAAUACGCGGAAGAGGACCCCAUCUCGCUCGCCUCACAGCUCCAGACACCAACGCAGGUCUCGUUCUUUCUCCUCGACUUCACCCGAUUAUCGUCAUUCGCGCUCGAGGAGCUAUGAGAGACGCGGUUCGCGGCGAAGCCAAGAGAGAGACACGUCUUCGAGAAGAAGCGAUGAAAGGCGGUCCACCAAGCGGAGGAGGUCCUCGUCGCGGAGCCGCCGCGAUAGGCACUCGUCACCCAAGAGAAGCCACGAGAGACGGUCGCCCGCCAAGAGAAGCCGUGAAUCGAGCGCUACGUCGCAGAACAGCCAAGAUAUGUCGACCAAAGCUGACAUACUUGCAAAGAAACUCAUGAAAACAUCAGUUGUCCAGUCUCUGUCCAGGCAGACAGACUUGGAGACGAUGGUCAAAACUCUGGCCCCUGCCUUGUUGGCAGAACUAGCCAAGAUGAAGUCGACCUCUUUCAAAGCAAGUGCUGCUGCAACAUCGGAAGCCUCUUCCUCCUCCUCCGCAGCCAACAAAAAGCCAGUGGAUGACGAAACAACCUCUGACGAGCAGAAAUUGUCCUCUGAAAAGGCCAUUGUGUGUUUUGAGCCAAAGGAAGACGCAGACAAAAUCCGUAAAGAAAGCAACAUCAAAAUUAAAGGUUUAGACGUCAUUGUUCAGGAAGAAAAGGAGGGUGUCCCAAGUGAACAAGAACACAAUCCUCAGAAGAAACUACCUUCGCUGACCGAAGCUUCUAAGACACAAACAUCAAAAAGUACCUCUGCCUCACAGGUUAAAGCGAAGACUGUGACAGUGAAAAAGGUUCCUGUGAAGGCCAAGUUAAGCCCCACCUGCAAAGACCAUAGUGAAGCACCAAAAGCCAAAUUAACCAAAGCCAACGCAUCAGGAGAUGCUGCCAGUAAGAAGGUCAACAUUCCAGACAAGAAGCUAGAGGUGGUAGCCAAGACAACAAACGUGGCAAAACCUUUGGAAAAAACAGGUGUAAAUGUGACUGUCGCUGAAAGAGCAGUCGCGCAACAGCAAAAUCCUGACGCGACAAUCACCGCAGGAGAGAGGAUGUGCGAAUUUCUGCUUCCGAACAAGAUCGCGACACUCAUUGAAGACAGAAUAAACCAGUAUUACAAGAAGACACAGCUGUUAAUCUCCAGUCUGCCUGCAGAUCAGCACAGCUACUGCGUGCAAGACAUUAUUCAAUCAGUCAAGCCAUUUGCUUCCUCGGCCGAUGAGAUCUAUGUUCUUCCUCAAUCAAAGAUGGCAUUCGUUGAGCUGUUUGGAAGGAACGCAGUGCUCUUUGCCAUGUAUGCCUGGAAAACCACGAAACUGACUCUCAAAAACAAGACGUUGGAAGUGGGUGUCCUGAAAGAAAAGAUCCCCAUGUCGCCGUUAAAUCGUCGUAACAAAAUGACUCAGUAUGGGCGAUUGAAGCUGGUGAACAACAACCCCUCAACAAUCAUCUUCAUCAAAGGCAUCACACCGGGCAAGACGGCCAGUCUUCGUAGAGCUCUUUGGAAGAUUGGCGGUGUCCAAAAUUUUCUGCCGCUCCACGACAAGGUCUUUGUAGAAUUUGAGAAUGAUAAAUAUGCUGAUUUCUUGGGAGUUUGGUACACCUUUCAUAAUCAGUGUCCUGCCUAUCAGAUAAGCAGACUGGGGAUCGCCCCAGAAUCAACGCGACAUGCACAAACGUUUCCUGUUGAAGCCAUGCCUAAACUUGCAUUUGCCGGGGCAACUGUUGAUACCGCUACAUUUGGCAUCCCUGAAUACACAAUCUCCCCAUUUUACCUGACAAUGAGGACAAUCCCCUAUCUGUUUAACACCAGUUCGCCGGUGUUUAUAAUCCCCAAGUUCCUGACUGUCAAAAGACCAGGCAACAUCAAAGAGGCCAUUCAGCGCGGUGCGUCGUCAACAGUCAUGUUGACAAAUUUGCCUCGAGACGGUUUCCGACACGAAGACGUAGCCAUGCUUGCGUGGCCGUAUUUUUCCCAGAAGGACCUUCGGUCUCUGUACUACAAUGUGAUUGCGUUGCCGCUCCAGAGGAGGGCCUUUGUGUAUUUUAGUGAUUGGGUGGCGUGCGGCGGCUUCGUCCGCUCCCACUUGAAGGGCCCUAAAUUUAUGUUGAAUGGCAGAAGGCUCGCGGUGCACUUUGUCAUGGAGCACAUGACUGCUCAAAACAGCGAAGAGAACAUGUACAUGUCACUGAUGCAGCUGAGCAAUUCUAAGAUUGGUGAGGUGGAGUCCCUGGCCAAGCGCCUGCUUUGUGUUAAGUCUCACUUGCUCGUGUUACUGUGUCUAGUCGGUAUCUCUGAUGCUCUCUGUGAACUCUGAACUCAGCCGGAACGCGCACGUCUAUUAAGUGUCUCUGUCACGUGACUGUGACGCAGCCGGUAACGCGCUCGGCCAAACGGACACACAAGUACGGUGGGUGAAUUAUGCCAAACAACAAAGGGUCACCUCAAUAUAAUGCUAAUGUUGACAACAAUUGGCUAACUUGUAGAGCAAAAGUCCGCUAGAUUAAAUGCUAUAUAAUACCAAUGUUAACAACAAUUGGCUAACUUUCAUAGCAAAAGUCUGCUAGCUUAAAUGCUAUAUAAUGCUAAUGUUGACAAUAAUUGGCUAACUUACUUAGCAAAAGUCCGCUAACCAAAUGCUACAUAAUGCUAAUGUGUACAACAAUUGGCUAACUUUCAUAGCAAAAGUCUGCUAGCUUAAAUGCUAUAUAAUGCUAAUGUUGACAAUAAUUGGCUAACUUACUUAGCAAAAGUCCGCUAACCAAAUGCUACAUAAUGCUAAUGUGUACAACAAUUGGCUAACUUUCAAAGCAAAAGUCCGCUAGCUAAAAUGCUAUAUAAUGCUAAUGUUGACAACAAUUGGCUAGCUUAAAUGCUAUAUAAUGCUAAUGUUUACAACAUUUGACUUUCAUAGUAAAAGUCUGCUAGCUUAAAUGCUGAAUAAUGCUAAUGUUGACAAUAAUUGGCUAACUUUCAUAGCAAAAGUCUGCUAGCUUAAAUGCUAUAUAAUGCUAAUGUUUUAAAAUGAUCAAAUUAACAACUGUUGGCGAACUUGCAUAGCAAAAGUCAGCUAGCUUAAAUAAAUGCUAUAUAAUGCUAAUGUAUACAACGAUUGGUUAACUUUCAUAGCAAAAGUCUGCUUGCUUAAAUGCUAUGUAAUGCCUAUGUUUACACCAACUGGCUAACAUGCAUAGCAAAAGUUUGCUAGCUUAAAAGCUAUAUGAUGCUAAUGUUUACCAGAUUGUUUCUGGUGUGCACCAGAUUGCUUCAAUUUAUUUUAUUUCUGUCGAUGUCCCAUUAGGAGCUCUGUAUCCUUCUCUCCAGUCGGUAUCCAUUUUUCUCAUUGUGCAGGUACCGAGUUUGUCGUCCCAAAAUUGGGUUUUUUCUGCAAUCUCUGUUCCGUCUUUUACCUGAAAGAGAGUACAGCCAAAGAGACCCACUGCAGCAGCAGGAAGCACUAUAACAACUUGAAGAAACACUACAGCGCCUGUUAAAAGGAUUCAAGCGCAUCCACUUUUGACUGAGAUGAUUUCCCCUGACUCAGGGUGCUUUCACACUAGCAAAGUUUAGUCCUUUUUAAACGGACCAGACUUCUUUCACUCAGAUAGUCCCGAUCUCGGUCGGCUUUAAGCGCACCCUGCUUCGCUAGUGAAUGCCAGCGGAGCAGGGUGCGCUUAUUAUGUCCACGCACCCUCCUCUCCCAGGAGGGCGGUAUUUCCUCUUCUAAAUUUGUCCGAUCAAUGAGUGCGCCUUUCGUCCACUUGACUCGACUCUGAAAGUUGGGUUGGCGCAGUGUGAAUGCUGAACCUUUUCAACAAAUCAUUUGCAAGAGUUGUUGAUCUCCAACCGGACCCUGGUCCUCUUGGUCUAAUGUGAAAGUGCCCUCAAAUGUUUCAAGGUUUCUUCAGAUUUGGCGUAAACACUCAGGUGACUUGAAGUUCUGCUCUGAGACCCCCCAAUUUGGCCAAAUUUCAAAAUUGUCCGAUAUGCAUGUGUCAUCAUUGGAAAGCUUAAAAUCUAAAUUUUCUGGGGGAAGAAAAAUUUUGAAGAGGAGGGCUUUUUUUUUUUUUUUAAGUUUUUUAAACAGUAAAACCCUAUAUGGAGGUGAGCGCACGCAAGAGCUGAAUUAGACGCCAUGACUUUAACGAAUUAUCGUGUACUUGCCUUGUUUCGAUCCAAAAACUCCAUUUAGCCUGUAUCACUGAGUCUCAAGACACAGCUGUGAAUGGCCACAGCUGGAAUUUAUGGGUGAAACAUGGUAAUAUAACAAGGGUUGCGAUGCAGAAAUCGCAGACAUCGAGUGAUCGAGAUGUUCUUUUUCAUAUAUUUACCCUUUUAAACGUUAAAUAAUCGAUCCAAACAAACAAAAAAAAAAUGUUUAUCCUCUAACAUAUCGGGGAGAAUACAAAAGUAACACAAAAACAAAACAAUUAAGCGAUAGUUAUGAGGCCGAUAUUCGUGACUUUUUUACAGACACCAGUUUUUUCAUUCUGACGUAAUUUGUUUAAAAGUUUAAAAUAUGCAAGUGAAUAAUUUUUUAAAGUCUUUUUUUUUUUUUUUUAACGAAAUAUUGGACAUCGACUAAUGAUUCUAAGCUAAAAAUGACAUUUUGAUUAAUAUAAUUACUUACUUUUUAUGGCUGAGUUGAAACAAAAGCGGUUGCGCAACAUCUGUAAACUGGGUUUUCCAGCGUAAAAGGGACAAAAAAUAGUUGGGCUUAAUGGGCCAUGAAUCUGCUAUGGUAGCAUGUAGACAUAUUGUUCAAUCAAACACAACAGUUCUUUUGGCUUAAAAUACAGCAAUUUAUUUUAUAGAGGGUUGCAAGAGCAGAAACUGCUUUUUCAGUCGUCCGUUUUCCCCACCAUAUAUUGUUUUCUGUGUAUACAUUUCAUUUUAAGAUAGACGGAUAUAGUGGUUUAUUAAAUGGUUAACAAAAGUAACGUCUUUUUUCUGUACUUGCUUUGUGUUUUUUUUAUGACCAAGUACACACUGAUCCCUCACUUAUCGUUGUUAAGGAUUGAACAAUCACAAAUGUACAAAACAAGCCGCUACUUUUUUCCUGCAUUUUGAAACCUGCGGCUUAUAGUCCAGUGCAGCUUUUCUGUUGAUUUAUUAUGCCCAUUUUUAUUUUAUUUGUAUUAACUCCAUUUAUGUCUUUUAUGUCCAAUCAAAAGUGAGAUAAUUUGAAAUAUUAAAAGUAAAGGCUUGAACUACUUCAGUUUUGUGUAAUGAAUCUAAAAUAUAUGAAAGUCUAAUGUUUAUCAGUACAUUGCAGAAAAUAAUGAACUUUAUCACAAUAUGUCAUUUUUUUUUAGAUGGACUAGUAUAUAUAAGCAUUAGAAAGUGCGACAGUAAAGAAAAGUGGACAAUAGAAUUUAAAAGUCGUGACCCCAAACUUUUUUUGGAAACGUGUUUUUAUGUGUCAAUGCAACAAAAAUAGGAACUACGACUUAGAACUUGGGAACAAAAUAUGUCUUACAUGGUGUUAUCUUUAAUAUACAGUGUUUCACAAAAGUGAGUACACCCCUCGCAUUUCUGCAGAUAUUUAUGUAUACCUUUUCAUGGGACAACACUGACAAAAUGACACUUUGACACAAUGAAAAGUCUGUGUGCUGCUUCAGUUUGCUGAAGACAUGUCAACAAAGCACAUGGAUUAUGGUCUGAUGAGACGGGCGGGUGGGCUUCCUCCUGUGGUGACAGCCAUGCACACCAAUUUGAUGUAUGGUCUGAGCACUAACAGGCUGACCCCCCCUCCCCCACCUCUUCAAUCUCUGCAGCAAUGCUGACAGCACUCCUGUUGAGAGUCACAUGACAUUUUGGAGUGAAAAUGACAAGGAGUACUCAAUUUGGACAUUCAGGGACGUACGCAGUUUCUAUAGGGUGCACUCACUUUUGUUGCCAGGGGUUCAGAUAUUAAUGGUUAUAUUUUGAGUUAUUCUGAGGGGAAAAUAAGUUGCACACAGACUACUUUUUAUUGUGUCAAAUUGUCAUUUUAUCAGUGUUGUCCCAUGAAAAGAUACUUAAAUAUCUGCAGAAAUGCGAGGGGUGUACUCACUUUACUGCAAGUUUUCAACAGCUAAUAAAUCACUCAAUUUAACAUCAGAAACUUAAUACUUGAGGAAAACAUGCAGAAUCAAUCAUAAAUAAUAUGUAAAUAGAUCAAUAAUACAUUCUAUAUACAAUCACAACUUAUUAUAUAAUAGAAUAUCCCUUUGUUAUCAUUAUACACUAUAUACUGUUAGUGAAUGAAGCUUGUGGCCGCCUGGGGUAAACGGAGCUUUUCUGGUGAAAACUCUUGUGAAUAAAUGCUUAAAUCCCUGAAUUCUUCAUCAAUAUGGACGUAAAACAGUCUUGAUUUUUGGUUGAAAGCAAAGACCCGUACAGUUAGCGUCUAUUAUCUUACGUAUAUUGACGAAGUACCAUGCUACUAUGUUAGCGAAUGAGGCUAGCGGCCGCCUGGGGUAAAAGGAGCUUUACUGCUUUCUAGAUAUGGACGUAAAACAGUCUCGAUUCUUGGUUAAAAGCAAAGAAACCGUACAGGUAGCAUUUAUUUUGCGUAAAUAUUGCCAAAUAUGAGGCAAGUCAGUUCCAUGUGUUAACAAAGAAGAAAAUUCUUGUGAAUAAAUGCUUCAAUCACGCAUGCAUUGUACGAAAAAUAUAAUAUUUACCUGGAAUCCUCGAACAAAUCACUCCUGAGACGAUCCUUCCUGUUUGUACGAGAUGCAGCUUUCGUAGUAAAAUCCAAUCGUAAGUAAAUCCAAGCUUAAAUCCGACAUGAGCGUGUGCCCUCUUCGGCUAUUACCGUCCUAAAUGAAGCUCGGCCCCCUCUGAUAAGGCAUUGCGCAAAGAAUGACGAAGUGUCAGGUCAAUAGAUUUUUGAAGUCUAUGCUAAAACUGUCUUGGACAUUUAAAUCAUAUUGUUGCAUUUUGUUACUUGCCAAAUGCUAUUGCUUCAUGAAAUGUAUUUGAUGAGAUAAUUAUUAAGUUUUUACUAUAUAUUUGCUCAAAUCAAUUGCUGCUCGCAAUGAAGAAAUGCUUUUGCUUAUUAUUGUUUGCAAAAAAAGAAUGUUUUGUCUUGCCUGGUCAAGGGCAGAAGAGGCCGCUUUGUAGUGGUGUCAACAAUAAUCGAUGCGGCGAUGCGGGGCAUGGACGAUUGGAUUCGAUGCGGGAAACAAGCCGAAUCGAUUCAGCACAUUUUAAAAUGUAUAAGUACGUUCAAAAAUCUUCCCUGCGCAAUUCCGGUGAUGCAACGGAUUUGGUUUCCCCAUUUGUAUUAAUCUCAUAUUUCAUUUUUUACACACUGCAUAACUCUGGUCAAGUUUCGCACCAACCUCGUAGAAGCCAAAAUGUCUCCAGAUAUCUGCCUUCAAUGUCUUAGGUAAAUCUAUAAUCUUUCUCGCUCCCUCUUUCUCCGCUUCAGCCAUUGUUAUGUUAUGUCCUAUCUCUUAGAGGUUAGAUCUUGUGCCCGAACGGGUCGGGUCCAAAAUGUUAAGCAUUCACGUUCGGGUCGGGUCGGGCCGCCGCGCCGGACUAAUAAAUUAUUUUUUUAAAAUAAAUACAUUCCAAAAAAAAAAGGGAUAAAACAGAGCAGGCUCUCUGUAUUGUGCAUUUGCUUGAGCACGCACAUGAAGCAGUGGCGCCGCCUGCUUUUUCUUCUCCUCCUCCACUGUGGCGCUUGCGAUUCGUUACGAAAGACACUUUUAUUUAUGGAAUUUAUUAAGGCAACACAAAUGUGAUCCUUUUGAAUCUUCUCUGUGUCUGCAAAAUCGCAUGUUUUUUAAAAAAAAAAAAUUAUUUAACUUUCCCAGCGAUAUUUCGUUGUAUAAAUGCUUUUAUAAUGAUCAUAAAAAUAUGAAGACUAUUUAAACAUUAAGAAAACUUGCGUUUUUUUCUGCCAACUCGAAGAAAUGAAAAUAAAUUGCUGCUGCUGCGUGUUUUUUUUCCCUGCGUCACUCCAAGCCGGGUCGGGUUGGGCUGGAUUUUUUAGGCCCGAUCUAACCUCUACUACCUCUCUGCUCUCUCGAUUGCAAAAAAACUGGUAUUUCCUCAUGUUGAAACAGAUUGUUAUGGCUGCUAAAAUGCUGCUGCACUUGAUUUUAAUUCAUUAUUUUUUAUUGUUAUGUGGUAGUUACUGAUUGCAUUUCAAAGUUGAUUGCACAUAUAUAGUGGGUUAGGCCUACAUUUUACUUUUGUUCUACAUUGCAAUUUAGUUGAUGUUUUGUUUGCAACUGAACUGAUCCCUGGAUUGAUAUUGUGAUAAAGAUGCUGCUGCACCACAAUAUUUUCUUUGUUGUUUUCUUUAAUAUUGACUUGAAUAUUUUUAUUGAUGGGUCGUUGUGACUAAAAUACAGCGACUGUUAUUACUGAUUUUGCACUGGAGUUCAGAUGUUGCACUGUGUGAAAGGCUGCUACUGUGUGUAAAAAAAAAAAAAAAAAAAAAAAAAAGAAAGCAAGCCCUGGUCUCAUUCAAAGCACCAAUUAAAGGCUGUGAUGUUUUUUUUUGUGUUUUUUUUUUUAAUAUAUACUGUAUAUCUGAAAGUAUUUUCAUUUGACUUCAACCAGGAGUGACACAAGAGCCAAUAAAAAGCUGUUUAAUGUCUGACCGCUUGUGUCGCAUCAUGAUUCACGAAAAAUAUGCUUUGCUUUAGAAUUUUAAUGCAUCCCAGGCUUUAAGGCAUCGCGAUGCAUUGCCGAAUCGUGACCCUCUCUGCCCCCCCCCCCCCCCCCCCCUUUUACGGACAAUAACUCACAUCCACCAACAACAAUAACUCUGAACUGGUUUGCAUUGUUGCAGUAUGUCACUACCCACUACUUCCUCCUCCCUUACCCUUGCCUAUUGGUUGACAACCAGUAUACUUGAUUAUACUUGAUUAGCUCAUCUGGUUUUGCACUGACUUAUAACUGUUCUUAUCAGGUAUAUUUUUAUUCUGCACUUUAGCACUGACAUGACUUUAUGCUGCUGUGGAAUCUUUUUUGUACUUAUGUCUAAUACUGUGUCAAUGUUUACACUGGGUAUUUAUUGUAUGGGUUUUGCACUUUACCAACUUAGUUGUACGGAUGCUCCAAACAAAGUUUCGUUGUGCUUUUUUCAACAAUGACAAUAAAUAUUCUGAAUCUCUGAAU